GUCCCAGCCGCAAACGAUGAAGAAACCAACUUCUUCUCACCCCAUUUUAUGAUUUUACGUCCAAGACUCUCCCUUCAUUUUUAUGCUUGGGUGACUCACCUUUCCAAAUCUCGCCAGCACUCAAUCCAUAGUGGAAGAAAAAGUAAAAGAACGGGUCUUUCUCCUCCCAACUAAAUGUCCAUAAAUCACUUACAUCUCAUCAUUUUUAAUCUCUCUUUUAUUACUAAACUAUUACACAAGUACAUAGCCCCAUCUCCCCAACUCUCAUCGAUAUCUCCAACCUUAUAAAUUACAAGAAAACUACAGCCGUCCGUUACUAAACACUCAACAACAACACUUCUCAUCUCUUAGAUCCAUACAUAUGAAUUACUUCGAUAGCUAUCUUGUAAUCAUGGGGCUUUUGUUGUGAGCCUCUCUUUUAUUUUGAUUUUUUGAUUUUUGGGUUGUGAUUUUUUAACACCGAACAAGUGUAUGGGGCAGUCGUCUUCAACUCAGUCCGCUGCGUCGUCGUCUUCGCUUCGGUUGUCUCCGCCUCUUUUUCAUCGCUCUUGUUCCAUUUCUACCCCUAUGAAAGUGGAUAAUUCCGAUUCUGACCUUAUUUCGGAGCUUCCUGACGAGUGUAUUGCGCUGGUUUUUCAGUCUCUGAGCUCCGGCGACCGGAAAAGAUGCUCGCUUGUUUGUCAAAGGUGGUUGAGAGUGGAGGGGCAGAGUCGUCAUCGGCUGUCGUUGAACGCGCAGGCGGAGUUGAUUAGUUUUGUGCCGGCGUUGUUUUUGCGGUUCGAUUCGGUGACGAAGCUGGCGUUGCGGUGUGAUCGGAGAUCUAAGAGUGUGAAUGAUGAGGCGUUGACUUUGAUUUCGAUGAGGUGCCCCAAUUUGACCAGGCUGAAGCUUAGGGGGUGUCGAGAGUUGACCGAUGUGGGGAUGACGAAUUUCGCUAUGCACACCAAGUGUUUGAAGAAAUUCUCGUGUGGAUCUUGUAUGUUUGGGGCCAAAGGGAUGAAUGCGGUGCUUAAUCAUUGUUCGUUUCUCGAGGAAUUGUCGGUUAAGAGGCUGAGGGGGAUUAAUGAUGGGGGUGGUGCGGAGCCAAUUGGGCCUGGUGUGGCUGCGGGUUCGCUGAAAUCGAUUUGUUUGAAGGAGCUUUAUAAUGGGCAGUUUUUCGGUCCGUUGAUCGUGGGAUCGAAGAAUUUGAAGUCGUUGAAGUUGUUGAGGUGUUUGGGGGAUUGGGAUAGUUUGUUGGAAAUGGUUGCCAAUAAGAAGAAUAAUUUGGCUGAGGUUCAUUUGGAGAGGUUGCAAGUGAGUGAUAUUGGGCUUUCUGCAUUGUCAAAUUGUCCGGAAUUGGAGAUUUUGCAUAUUGUUAAGACGCCGGAUUGUACGAAUGUUGGGGUGGUUUCUGUGGCGGAGAAUUGUAAGUUGAUGAGGAAGCUUCAUAUUGACGGGUGGAGGACGAAUAGGAUUGGUGAUGAAGGGUUGCUUGCUAUUGCUAAGCAUAGUGCUAGGCUUCAGGAGUUGGUUCUUAUAGGCGUUAAUCCUAGUUCUGCUAGUUUGGAGGCUAUUGCUUCUAAUUGUCAGAAAUUGGAAAGGUUAGCACUUUGUGGUAGUGAGACUAUAGCUGAUGCUGAAAUUUCGUGUAUCGCUGCGAAAUGUGCUGCCUUAAAGAAGCUGUGUAUUAAGGGGUGUCCUGUGUCGGAUACGGGGAUUGAGGCUUUUGCUUGGGGUUGCCCCAAUUUAGUGAAAAUUAAGGUCAAGAAGUGUAGAGAUGUGACUAGUGAGGUUGCAGAUUGGCUGAGGGUGAGGAGGGGAUCUUUGAUGGUUAAUUUGGAUGUUUGUGAAGUUGAAGCUGAAGCGGUUGAUGCAAGUGCUAGUGAUAGUGGGGUACAAGAGGAGGUAGUGGAUUAUCAGCCGAUGCUCAGCGAAGAAAUUGUUGCUGGUGUUAAUAAUACUAGCGCUCCAUCGAGUAGCAACACAAGGGCAUCUUCAUCCAAGCCAAGAUUUGGCCUUUUUGGAGGUAGGAGUUUUGUGGCUUGUGCUUUAAGGAGAUGGUCUAAUCGUCAUAGUAGCUCCAACAGUAGCCCGUGAGUGAUAAACAGGAGUUGCAAUGUAUACAAAUGAUGAUAAAUGAACUAUAUUGGGGCAUCUUUGUUAUCCUAAUUGUAGGAUACAUAAAUAGAUGAUGCUGUAAUGAUAUGCAAGUCGGUAUAUUAAUGUUUUAGAUCUCUACAUCGUAUCUGGGAGCUCCAUGUCAUGUCAAUUGUACAUGUUCCUUGACAGCCAUACUGCUGUGUAGAUUACUCUGGCAUGAGAAGCAUAUAUCAAGUUACCCUAAAAUGAAGUUGCUUCUAGUAUGAAUAUGUUUGUGUGUGUGCGCGUGGUUGGGCUGGCGGUGGUGUAGGAAGAUGUGGUUUUCCUUCCUUCAGGUUGACAUGGGGAUGGUAUACUUAAUAUAAAUUUUGAAGGUCCUCUUCUGGUCCAUAUGCACUAUUGUGUUCUGUUUUAAGGAGCAAGAGUGUCUCGCACCUACCUUUUAGGUGUUGGCUCCAUAUCGUUGUUUGCAUGUGGUAAGGUUUUGGUAUCGACAUAUGACCCUAAGCCCAAGUUUUGUUACUUGUAGGUAAUGAUAUGGGCUGGAAAAUAAAGUAUAACAUGUAUUGGUGUUUUUUGUGUGAAUUAUAAUUUUUAUGUUACACAGGGAACAAAUAGCUAUUUUUCUUUUUAAGUUGUACUUUGUUUUUUCUCUUUGUUUGGGUCGGCUUUUUUUGUUUUGUUGUUUUUUGUAACAUCCCAUUUGGGGGUUGGAAUGGUGUAUUUGUAAGGUGCUUGCUCGAUUAAGACAGCUGCUUUU